AGCGACUUUAGUUGUAAGUCCGGAGUUGAACCAAACGGUCGUCAUUGCGCGUAUUCGCGGCUGCUCUGUCUCACGCGAGAAGAGAGCUUCCUUCUUGAAGAGUGUGCCUAUGUGUUGUUAAGUGCUCUGCCUGCUGCUGCAUUAGAUCACAAGGCAUUCCUGUAUCUAUUCCGCCGUGCAGUUGUGUGAGAGUGAAUGGAUCACUUGAUUCCACCGCCAAGGCAGAUGUGAAGAAUCGUUGUUGCUAGAUACACGGGGAAAGAGCCAAGCGAGACAAAACAAACCAUCGAAGGUGCAGCGUGAGUCAUCCGGUGGUUGCUCGAACGAAGUGGUGUAUGAUUGUGUAUUUGGGUUCAUAAUUCUUGUACUGGUUGGUUGGGCAUCUGGUGAGGAAGUUUCCCGAAUCAACAUAUCGUGAUCAGGGCGCAGAGGAGUGCUAAAUAGCAGUACUUCCCAGUUGGGCGUCUUCAAGUUUUUACCUCCGCGCGUUUUCGUGUCUGGACUCCACGCCUAGUGUGGGCAUCUUGAGUGCCGUAAACUUCCCCAUCGCACCGCAGAGAAAAGGGCAGAUGCGUUCAACCGGACCGUGGUCAGCAUCGUAAGACAUGGACAUUUCCCAAACUUCGUCUUCGACGGGGACGACGUCCCCUUCGCGCCGCAGUAGUAUACCAGUCCCUAAGCGCAAGAGCUCCCUGCAUCUCUACAUAUCGAACAGCAUCGUGGGGCCUUCGAAUUCCUCCUCGCCCUCGUCCGCUUCGUCCACCCAUGGAGAGGACCAUGUGAAUGAAUUCGGCGGCAGCAGAGCUGACUCACCGUCUCCGCAUUCGGCGUCAUCGUCCCGAUCCGCCACGGCCAUGAGCAUGCACAACUCGCUCUAUGUGCCCCGGAGCUCAGCCGCCACCGCCACCGCCGCCGCAACCGAGAUCAAUACCAACGAGUAUCUACAGCUGCGCGAGAAUCACAAUAGACUGAUCAACAAGUGUGAAGAAAUAACGAAGCGGAAUCAAAAUCUCGAAAACACAACCCAAAUGCUGAAGAAGAGCAUAGUGGCCCUCCAGACGGAAAUUGCUACUCUCCGAAAAGAGCGAACCGAUAAAAAUCGAAAACUGAAGAAAAAACUAUCGGAAAUUGUCCCAUCCGGUGAGGGCAUCAGCAGCGAUGAUGAGGCAUCAGAAAAAUCAUCAAAAUCAGAUAACAACUCCAGCACCGUGGAUCAGCCGCAGCACUCACAGGGUCCCAAACCCAGGGAAGGAGAAAUGGAUGUAGCACUGAACGAGCUGGAAAAGCUCAAAUCCUAUGUGAACAAUGUCGAACUGCAGCUGUACGAGGCGAACGAGAAGAUUUCCGAGCUACAGGAAAGCAAGCAACAAUCCGAGGAGACAAUCAUCAAGAUGCGCGCCGAGAAAGAUGAGUUCAGUAAAAUCGCACGACUCAUGUCGGCCAACAUGCAGGAAUCGAUUGAUGCAAGUCAACGGUUGGAAAAUUCCUAUAUUCAAGUUCGAAGAGAACGAGAUAACCUGGUGCGCUUGAAUCGGGAUUCAGUCGACUCCAAAACCGGCCCACAUGAGGAAAUCCAAAAAAUGCGGUCCGAAAUGGAGCUCAAACGGAAAACGUUCGAAGCACAAUUCAUCGAAUACAAAUCACAAAUGGAGCAGGAGCUUGCACGCAAUACCAAUGAGCAAAUCGUAACGCUACAGCUGGAAGUUGACCAACUGAAACAGGAUCUCAAUGAAGCGCUGAACCGUGCCGAACGGGCCGAGGAGGAAGUUCGUGAACUGCGACAGCAGCUUCGCAUAAGUCAGCUCCCGGAGAGUCAAUUCUAUUCCCAACUAGAUCUGGACAAAUUGAGCCUCCGAGGCGAUGGCGACAAUGAAUCCCUGCUGUCCUAUGUCAGUGGGUCAGUGGUCAGUGCAGCGGCGCCACCUCCUCCUCCUCCGCCUCCACCGGCUCCACCCGUUCCUCCACCCCCUCCGCCACCCCCAUCGAUGACGGCUGCGACGGGGUCCGGUGCACUAGGACUGAGCGAAGCAAUCUCGACGCAAAAAUUAAAUCACGUCGGCAUGAACCAUGUAAAUAGCAGACAGCAACAAGCAACAGGUCUAGAUUCCGUCAUAGCCGACAUCAAGAGUGGUCGCGUAACGUUGCGUCGUCGAAAGCCGAAUGUACUAAAAGAGCUGGAGAGCAAUCAGGAUACCGGUGAGUCCAGUUCUGGUUCUAGUGCCAUCAUUCCCAGCGGUAGCAGCAGUCGUCGAGGCGAGCAAACCUACAGCCAAAAGGCAGCACAGAACCCAGCGCUACGGGAAAUGUACGAAAUUCUCGAACGAAUGAAGCGACGAAACCGACAAUCCAAGGUGCUGGCCGAAUUGAAUUUAGUGCCAUUUGAUGACUCUGUCUAGUGUGAAGGGUGUGAUAGCAGAAAGAGAAAUUACUAGCAGAAGCAAGUGGCAAACUAAAACCGUGAUUACCGGUAUUCCUGAUCUUUCAAAUAAGUUAACGAAAUACUUAUACGACUACGUGAUUCAACUAAACACUGCAUUUUUUAUAAAUUAAUUUAUUGAUAAGUUGAUUUUACUGAAAUACUUACUUAGUUAAUUUUGUUAAUAGUUUAUAACAAAUUUAUAGAAUAAUAAAAAGGUUCUCUUUUCAA